UUUUUUUUAUUAUUAUUAUUCUAUUUUUUAUUAUUUCUUAUCUUAUACCCUCUCUCUCUCUCUCUCUUUAAUUUAGAAUGGAUUUUACGAUAUUAAAUACAGUAUAUAAAUUGUUGGCAGAAGGUGAAAAUAACGUGCCGAAUUUAUCAUGGUGGAAUGUGGCUAUUGCUUCAUUAUUUCUAUUUGUAAACGGUUUUAUUUCAUUUUUUCUCGGUUUAAAGUUAGAAAAAUCAUUGUUAACAAGCUCAAUUCGCUGUAUUAUUCAACUAACAAUUAUGGGUCAAAUCCUCGAAAGAAUAUUUAAUGCAAAAAAUCCCAUCUGGGUUGCAGUCAUGACAUUUGCUUUAAUCUUUCUAAGUUCAUGUGAGACUGUUUAUAAUAAAUCAGAUUGGUCUUAUAGUGGCAUGUUCCCUUCUGUCUUAUUAUCAACAUUAUUUUCUACUAUUUUUAUUGGUAUUUUAGGAACACGUUUUGCCAUGAAUCAAGGAAAAGAUUUUUGGCUCCCAGAAUUAUUUAUUCCAACUGUAGGAUUAUUAUUAGGGAUAACAUCAGGAGCAAUGGCAGUAGGGUUAACGACUUGUUUAACUAAAAUGGGACAACAAUCUAAUCAAAUUGAAACCUAUUUAAGCUGUGGAGCAAGUCGCUGGGAAGCAGGUAGAACGGUAGCUAUUGAAGCCAUUCGUCUAGCCAUGUUACCGAGCAUCAAUCAAAUGUCUGUUAUUGGUUUAAUUACUAUUCCAGGUGCUAUGACAGGCCAGAUCUUAGGCGGGGCACCUAUUAUGAAUGCAGUUAGAUAUCAACAAAUUAUUACUUUUAUGAUCUCUGCUACUACUGGAUUAUGUGUCUUGUCUGUUGUCUAUGUAAAGUUUACAUUAUAUAUGUAUAUUAUAUCUAUCCAUCUAUCUAUAUACCUAAUAUAUAUAUUCUUAGUUUUGUAUUCAUCAUAUGUUAGAUACUAAACAUCGACUUCGAAAGGAAAAAGUACACAAGUACAAAGCUAAUCUAUUUUAUGAUAUUAAAGCAUUAUGGAUCGACUUUUGGAAUGAACUAUCCAAUCAAGAAUACAAUGACGAUGAUCAGCAAUCACAAGCAGCAAAUGAAAAUACACCUUUAAUCAGUAACAGAAGAAGAAGCUCAUAAUGUACAAAAAAGGAAAAAAAAUAAAAUAUGUGUGUAAUAUAUAACAAAGAUGAAGAUAAUUAUUACUGUGCAUAAAAUAAAUAAAUAAAUGGAAAAGGAAUUUUUUUUUUU